AUGGGCAACUUCGGUGAGGACGACGCCAACCCCACGCCGGCGGACGUUGCCCAGAUCGAAACAGCCCUCACUGCCGCUGGCGUUACCCACGAUUUCAAGAUGUACUCCGGCGCCGGCCACGGCUUCAACUGCGAUGAGCGCCCCGACUACCGCGCGGACUCCGCUGCCGACGCUUUGGCCCGCACCCUCGGCUGGUUCGACAACUACGUCAAGAGCUAG